AGGAUCGGAUCGGACCGGACACCGGAGUGAACCGGGACCCGUUUGGGGAGCCAUUCCUACUUCUCUCCCAAGUUCUUCUCUACCAAGUCCUCAGAUAUUGUUCUACUGAGUCUCACACACCAUCAAGGAAACCUCUGCGUCGUUGUUUUUGCUCUCUCUCUACAAUGGCGACUGUUCCCAUCAAUUUCUCUCACUAAAACACCCACCUUCCACCAUCCACCAUUACAAUCAACCCAAAAUCCAACUACCAAUCUGUUUGUUUCUCGGGAAAAUCGCAUUACUGAGAGCCCAGAUUCCAUCUAUGGCGACCCCGAAACCCCAGCGGUCCCGGGAGGAGUUGGAGGACAUAGUCCUCCGCAAAAUCUUUCUCGUAUCGCUGACCGGUUCAUCGGACUCCGAUUCCCGAGUCAUUUACUUGGAGAUGACUGCGGCAGAAAUUCUCAGCGAGGGGAAAGAGUUAAGGCUCAAUUGCGACCUCAUGGAAUCGAUUCUAAUCGAUCGGCUAUCCGGCAGCUUCCCCGCUGCUGAACCGCCGUUCCAGUACCUGAUCGGGUGCUACAAACGCGCCUACGACGAGGGUAAGAAAAUUGCUUCCAUGAAAGAUAGGAACUUGAAGUCGGAAUUGGAAUCCGUGGUUAGGCAAGCGAAAAAGCUUUCGGUUUCGUAUUGUAGGAUUCAUUUGGGGAAUCCCGAAUCGUUCCCCAAUCCGAAUUUCGAUUCGAACAAGUUGAAUGCCUCGCCUUUAUUGCCAUUGAUCUUCUCAGAGGGUGGCGGUUCAGCUGAUGGGUUUGGAGGAAGUGGGAGUAGUGGUGGAAUUCAGUGCCCACCUGGGUUUUUGGAGGAGUUCUUCACUGACUCCGAUUUCGAUAGCUUGGACCCAAUUUUGAAGGGGUUGUAUGAGGAGCUUAGAGAGAUUGUGCUUAAGGUUUCGGCCCUCGGAAACUUCCAGCAGCCACUGAGGGCUCUGUAUUUUUUGGUUAAGUUGCCGGUUGGUGCAAGGUCACUUGUGAAUCACCCGUGGUGGAUUCCAAAGGGGGUGUACUUGAAUGGACGUGUGAUUGAGAGGACUAGCAUUUUGGGCCCUUUUUUUCAUGUCAGUGCUCUGCCUGAUCAUCCUAUUUUCAAGAGCCAGCCUGAUGUUGGGCAGCAGUGCUUUUCAGAAGCUUCAACUCGUAGACCAGCUGAUCUGCUAUCUUCAUUUGCCACAAUUAAGACAGUCAUGAAUAACUUAUACAAUGGCCUUACUGAAGUUCUUCUCUUACUACUGAAAAAUGCUGACACCCGUGAGAAUGUUCUCGAGUAUCUUGCAGAGGUGAUCAACAAAAACUCAUCAAGGGCUCAGAUUCAGGUAGAUCCUCUUUCAUGUGCAAGUUCAGGCAUGUUUGUCAAUCUCAGUGCUGUCAUGCUUCGGCUUUGUGAUCCAUUUUUAGAUGCAAAUUUAACAAAAAGGGACAAAAUUGAUCCAAAAUAUGUAUUCUACAGUAACCGUUUGGAGUUAAGAGGUUUGACUGCUUUACAUGCAUCGUCUGAAGAAGUUACUGAAUGGAUUAAUAAAGCUAGUAUGGGGAAUACUGAUGGUGAAACUCGCCUUUUACAAUCUCAAGAAGCCACCAGUUCCGGAAAUAGUGUCAACGUGACGCCAAAUAGUGAAAAAGCUAAAUAUUCAUUUAUUUGCGAAUGCUUCUUCAUGACUGCAAGGGUGCUCAAUCUGGGAUUGUUGAAAGCAUUUUCUGACUUUAAACAUUUAGUACAGGACAUUUCAAGGUCUGAAGAUACUCUCGCCACACUUAAAGCCAUGCAAGGCCAGACUUCUUCUCCACAAUUAGAGACAGAUAUAGCUCGCCUUGAGAAGGAAAUAGAGUCGUAUUCGCAGGAAAAGCUUUCUUAUGAAGCUCAGAUAUUAAGGGAUCCGACAGUUAUACAGAGUGCUCUUACUUUCUAUCGUUUGAUGGUGGUGUGGCUAGUUCGCUUGGUUGGUGGGUUUAAAAUGCCCCUGCCAUCAACUAGCCCAAUGGAGUUUGCUUCUAUGCCGGAGCAUUUUGUGGAAGAUGCCAUGGAGUUGCUUAUAUUUGCUUCCCGGAUUCCAAAAGCCUUGGAUGGGGUUUUGUUGGAUGAUUUUAUGAACUUCAUUAUAAUGUUUAUGGCCAGCCCAGAAUAUAUCAGGAACCCUUACCUAAGAGCAAAGAUGGUUGAAGUCCUAAACUGCUGGAUGCCCCGUGGAAGUGGAUCAUCUAUUACAGCGACCCUAUUUGAAGGGCACCAACUAUCUCUUGAGUAUCUUGUGAGGAAUCUCUUGAAGCUAUAUGUCGACAUCGAGUUCACUGGUUCUCACACACAGUUCUAUGACAAGUUUAAUAUUCGCCACAAUAUUGCUGAACUUCUUGAAUAUCUGUGGCAUGUCCCUAGUCAUCGAAAUGCUUGGAAACAGAUUGCUAAGGAAGAGGAGAAGGGUGUUUACUUGAAUUUCUUAAACUUCUUGAUCAAUGAUAGCAUCUAUCUUCUGGAUGAAAGUCUAAACAAAAUUCUUGAACACAAAGAACUGGAAGCUGAGAUGUCAAACACUGCAGAGUGGGAGCGGAGACCUGCUCAAGAAAGGCAGGAGAGAACACGCCUCUUCCAGUCUCAAGAAAAUAUUAUCCGAAUAGAUAUGAAGUUAGCAAAUGAAGACGUUAGUAUGAUGGCAUUUACUACAGAACAAAUUACAGCACCUUUCCUACUUCCUGAGAUGGUUGAAAGGGUGGCCAGCAUGCUCAAUUACUUUUUGUUGCAAUUAGUAGGCCCUCAAAGAAAAUCUCUUAGCUUGAAAGACCCUGAGAAGUAUGAAUUCCGGCCAAAGCAAUUGCUUAAGCAGAUUGUAUACAUAUAUGUUCAUUUGGCAAAGGGUGAUUCAGAAAAUAUAUUUCCAGCUGCCAUCUCAAAGGAUGGUCGGUCGUACAAUGAGCAGUUAUUUAGUGCUGCAGCAGAUGUCCUAAGGCGGAAAAUUGGUGAAGAUGAGAGGAUCAUACAAGAGUUUAUCGAGCUAGGUGCGAAAGCCAAGGUUGCUGCUUCAGAGGCCAUGGACAUUGAAGCUAUUCUUGGGGACAUACCAGAUGAAUUCCUCGAUCCAAUUCAGUACACUUUAAUGAAGGAUCCAGUCAUCUUACCUUCUUCAAGAAUCACGGUAGACCGACCGGUCAUUCAAAGGCAUCUUCUUAGUGAUUCUUCUGAUCCGUUCAACCGAUCCCAUCUUACUGCGGACAUGCUGAUACCAGACAACGAGUUAAAGGCAAGGAUACAAGAGUUCAUUAGGUCCCAAGAAUCGAAGAAGCGCGGGGAAGACUUGAGCACGCAGAGCUCCAAGGCAACGAUACAAACUACAACUAGUGAAAUGCUAAUUGAUUAGGACGUUGUUAAUAGGACGAUUAAGAUUUGUAUCCUUCGGAAAGUAACAGCGGAGAAAUUCUUCAGAAGGUUAUUGCAACUAUAAAUCUUUUAGCUCUUGAAAGGUGAGGUUUGUAAAGUGAAAUUUCGUUUUCAUAAAUUGUUAGACAUAUAAAAUCAAUUGGAAUAAAUUCAAUGGUCUUAAAUA